AUGACUUCCAGCUCCAAUAAAAGCAUCACCAAACCAGAAGAAUUAGAUCGCGGUUCAUUCAUUUAUGAUGUAAAUAGAGGAGAUAUUAUCGCCACCACAAAUGAUUAUAGUGUUUUUGAAGAUGAAAAAUCACCUGAAGAUUUCUCUGAUGUUGAUGAGAAAGCCGUGUUGAAAAAGAUUGAUUGGCACCUUUUACCAAUCGUCUCUGUCUUGUAUCUUUUAGCAUACUUGGAUCGUGGCAAUAUUGGUAAUGCUAAAAUUGAAGGUUUAACUGAGGAUUUAGGGUUGACUGAUAAUCAAUAUAAUAUCUGUUUAACCAUGUUUUUCAUUCCUUAUGCCCUAUUUGAAGUUCCUUCAAACAUUUUGUUGAAGAAAAUCGGGAAACAAUCAAUUUAUUUACCAACAAUCAUGUUGAUUUGGGGUAUAAUUAUGGUUACUAUGGGUACAGUUAAAGGUUAUCAUGGAUUAUUAGUAACAAGAUUAUUUUUGGGUGUAUUUGAAUCAGGGUUGUUUCCAGGUAUUUCAUAUGGAUUGAGUAUUUAUUACUUGAGAUCUGAAUUACAACUUAGACAAGCUAUGUUUUAUAGUGCAGCUUCAAUUGCAGGUGCCUUUUCAGGUUUAUUAGCUUUUGCAAUUGCCAAAAUGCAUGGUACGGGUGGUUAUGAAGGCUGGAGAUGGAUUUUCAUUUUGGAAGGUUUAUUAACUGUGAUUGUUGCUUUCGUUGUUUAUUUCAUUAUGCCAGAUUAUCCUGAUACUGCUAAAUUCCUAACACCAAGAGAACGUAAAUUUGUUUUGUGGAGAUUAGCAAAUGAUAAUACAAUUAAAAAUGAUGAAAUUGAAGUUCAUUCUGAGUCUACUACAUCAUCAAGAAGAUUUGCACCAGAUCUUGGAAUAUUCAAUGAAAAAGAACAUGAUAUUACAAUGAAACAAGCUUUCUUCACAUCAGUAAAAGAUUGGCAAAUUUAUUUCCAUAUUUUGAAUUUUUUUGCAAUUUGUGUUCCAACUUAUGCAGUUGCAUUGUUUUUACCAAGUGUUGUUAAAAAUAUGGGAUAUUCAAGUUCAAGAGCUCAGUUAAUGACAAUUCCAAUUUAUAUUACUGCAUCCAUUAGUGCUAUUAUUCAAGGUUAUUUCUCUGAUAAAUUUAGUAUAAGAUCAUUGUUUAUCUGUGGAAAUUUGCUAUUGGUUAUUAUUGGUUUCAUCAUGAAUAUUGUCGGUCAAGAAACUGGAACUCCUGGUGUUAUCUAUGCUGGUUGCUUUUUAGCAGUUUUGGGGCUUUAUAGUUCAUUCCCAGGUUGUACCACAUGGUGUGCAAAUAAUUUAGCAAAUUCAAGGAAAAGAGCUAUUGCUAUGGCGAUUCAAAUUGGAAUUGGUAAUUUUGGUGGUGCAUUCUCUUCAAAUUUUUAUAAAACUGGUGCUUAUACAAUGGGUCAUGGUUUAUCAUUGGGGUUUGCAGCUAUGGGUAUUGUUUCAUCUACUGUCUUGGUCCUUAAUUAUAAACGAAUCAAUAAGAAACGUGAAAAGGAUCUUUCAAAUGGUAAAUAUGAUGACACAACAGAUGAAGAAUUUUACAGAAUGGGUGAUAAAUCACCAUUUUUCAAAUAUAAAUGUUGA